AUGAGUUUCAUUAUUUUGCCAAUUGUAUAUGUAUUUUAUCAGCUUAUGUCAACAUCAAAAGAUACGAAUCUGGCCACAGCACUGCUAUGACAUCAUAUCCUGUCAUAGUAAUUUUUACCCUGAGCCUGAGUUGAGGUUGUUUCAUUAUGACUGGAGACCACACUCUUGACUGGACACAUACUCUUUCUCUUUAACAACUUCUCCAGCAAUGGACAGGAUGGAAAAAGUUGUGAUACUACUGAUAUUAUUGCAGAGUUUCUGUAUUGCUCGCACUCUGAGUUUUAAUGUAGGAACUGCAGGUGCCAAAAUCUUCUCAUCUGGUCCUGGGGUACAAGAGUUUGGCUACACUGUACGACAGUUGAGCAGUAAUCAAGGAAAAUGGCUGCUGGUAGGCUCUCCCUGGAGUGGAUACCCUCAGAAUAGAAAAGGAGACCUCUAUAAGUGUGACACUGGUCCAAGAAACAACUGCCAGAAACUAAACCUUCAAGACUCUAUCAGCGUAGAUGGUGUGCAGAGCAUCAACAUGAACAUGAGCCUGGGUCUGACUAUCACUCCAAUAGCCAAACCUAACAGAUUUCUGACAUGUGGUCCUCUGUGGGCCCAGCGCUGUGGCAGUCAGUACUUCUACCCAGGAGUCUGUGCUGAACUGAGCCCACAGUUUACACUUCAGCCGGCCUUCUCUCCUGCCAUUCAAACUUGUGGUGGGCCAAUGGAUGUUGCCAUUGUUUUGGAUGGAUCAAACAGUAUAUAUCCAUGGCCUGAAGUUAUAAACUUUCUCGUAAAGCUUUUGGAAAAUCUUGAUAUCAGACCAGAUCAAACUCGAGUCAGUAUUAUGCAGUAUUCAGAGGAUUUGUCCUUUCUUUAUCAUUUUAAUUCUGACCAAAAUAAAGAAAAAGUUCUUUCAGCGGCUUCUGCUAUUAACCAAAAAACUGGAGUAGAAACCAACACUUUUGCGGCACUUGACAAUGCCAGACAAACAGCUUUCCUACGGGAAAAUGGUGGCCGUGCAGGUGCCACUAAGGUGUUGGUAGUGGUGACGGAUGGAGAAUCUUCUGAUGGUCAUAGAGGUCAAGAGGUCAUUGAGAGAUUAAACAGAGAUGGCAUCAUUCGCUUUGGCAUUGCUAUUCUCAAGAAAAGUGCCAAUAUUCAAAAGUUCAUCAAGGAGAUUGAAUUGAUCGCUAGCACUCCAACAGAGAACUACAUGUUCAAUGUAUCAUCAGAGGAAGCUCUAAUCAAUAUCGCAGGAACUCUGGGGGACAGAAUCUUUAACAUUGAAGGCACAAGUCAAGGUCAAGAAUUCCAAUUGGAGAUGUCCCAAGUUGGAUUCAGCGCACACCAAACCAAUAAAAAGGAUGAGAUUAUGCUGGGUGCUGUCGGAGCAUAUGGAUGGACCGGGACCGUCAUCCAUCAAACAGCUGGAAAAUCACACAUUUUCCUCAAAAAUGCUUUUGAGAAAACCCUUGAUGACAGAAACCACAGCUCAUUACUCGGUUACUCUGUCAGCUCUGUGACUGACGGCUCGUCUGAGUUUUAUGUGGCCGGAGCUCCUCGUGCCGUUCAUAGAGGACAGGUUGUAGUUUACACUAUCAACAGCCAGGGACAACCUGUCAUCAUAAAUUCACAGAGAGGAGAUCAGAUCGGGUCUUAUUUUGGCAGCGUUCUCUGUCCCGUUGAUGUGGACAUUGAUGGUGUGACUGAUCUGCUGCUGGUUGGAGCUCCGAUGUACAUGAGCGAGGAGAAGUCUGAAACAGGACGAGUCUACCUGUUCACCAUUACCAAGGGUAUCUUGAGUAACCAGGGUUUUUUGGAGGGUUCUCAAAAGAACGGUCGGUUUGGGACGGCCAUCACUGUCAUCCCAGAUCUGAACAUGGAUGGCUUCAGUGACGUGGUGGUUGGUGCCCCAAUGGAAGGCAAUGGCCAAGGUGCCAUUUACGUCUACUAUGGAGACGGAAAAACCAUCAGAAAGCAGAGCUCACAGAAAAUUAUUGGAACGAAACUGGACCCAGCGAUGAAGUACUUCGGCCGUUCUCUAGACGGCAGAGGAGAUAUGAAUGAAGACUCAAUCCCAGAUGUCACGGUGGGGGCUUUUGGGAAAGUCGUCCAACUCUGGAGUAGAGCAGUUGCAGUGGUCACAGCCAAGGUUUCCUUCACCCCUGAUAAGAUUAGUAUCCUGAGUAAACCGUGUCGCUAUAGUGGAAGGCAGGUGUCCUGCUUCAAGGCUAAAGUGUGUUUCAGUGCAACAUUUAAACCAAUGAAUCCACUGGGGCCAGUGGAUAUCAAGUACAACCUGAGCCUGGAUGCUGACCUGCAGUCUUCUCGGAUCAGCCCUAGAGGUCAUUUCAGCAACAUGGAUCGGGUCAUCCAGAAAGACAUCAGCGUCUCUGCGAAGGACAUAUGUGAAGAGCAUGAUGUCUAUGUGCAGGAGACUCCUGACCUUGUCAACUCAAUUGCUUUGCGUGUGGAUGUAGUUCUCAGCUCUACAGACGCAAAAACUGUUUUAGACAUCUUCAGUCCUAAUGCGUGGGAGUUUUUUAUCCCAUUCUCAAAGGACUGUGGCCAAGAUGAAGUUUGCUUCAGUGACUUGGUACUGACUGUGGAGAGUGAACAGAAACUUGGUUCUAGCAAAAGUCCACUGGUGGUCAGCCAGAACAAGAAAAGACUCUCCUUCACUGUGACAGUGAUGAACAGGAAGGAAAAUGCGUACAAUGCACGUGUGUCAGUCAUCUACUCCAGAAACCUGUUCUACGCUUCUUUUACACCACUGAUUGAUGGAACGGAGGUGAAGUGCACUCUGAUGAAAGACUCAGACACACUCACCUGCCAAGUGAGUUAUCCAGCCCUGAGGACAGACCAAUUGGUAACAUUUGUGGUAAACUUUGACUUUAAUAUGAAUCAGCUUCUAAAUGAUGCCAGUGUUGUCUUUGAAGCUUUAAGUGACAGCACAGAGGAAACUCCAGCUGAUAAUAGAAUCUCUGUCUCCAUUCCUGUCCAAUACAACUCUGAGAUCAUCCUCAGCAGAGAAUCAAACUUAGGUGUUUAUUUACUGGAAAAAGAGGACAAUUUUGCAACCACAGUGAAGGAUUACAAGGACAUCGGCCCAGAUUUUAACUUUAAUAUAAAGGUUUCUACAGGAACUGUCCCAGUCAGCCUCAUUUACCUCAAUGUCUCUCUGCCCAGCAGCACUAGAGCAGGAAAUCCGCUCCUGUAUACAACCAGCAUUAAAACUUCACCUGCUGAAAAAAUCCAUUGUGCAGACAGCCAUCAGAUUGACCCUUUUAAGAUCAGUCAAAAACCUUAUACAGCCCAAUUCACAGAAGAGAGUUUUAGAGGAACAGAGGAACUGAACUGCAAAACGGCCACAUGCUGGUCAAUGAAAUGCGUCCUGAAGGACCUGGAGGGGAAAAAUGAUUACUAUGUGAAUGUAACUACAAACAUAUGGAAUGGCACCUUUGCAAUGGCUGAUUUCCUGUACGUUGUGCUCUCUGUGAGAGCUGAUAUAGAGACGUCUCAACCAGACCUACUGUUCAUCGAACAGAAAAACCUUAAGGUUGAAGUCAAAGUGAGCAAACCUGGAGCUAAAGGGGAUGUUCCGGUGGGCGUCAUUGCAGGGAGUGUUAUCGGCGGUCUGUUAUUAUUGGCUCUUGCAGUCGCAUUGCUUUGGAAGGUGCUUUAUUUACCUUUUUUCCACAUUGUCUAUUCAGUGUACAUCUUGUCAUUUUCUUUUAAAAACCAAUGUGUUUACAUUCAGUUUGGAUUCUUCAAGAGGAAGUAUCAAUCGCUGAUGAAGAAUGACGAGAAUGCAGCAGAACAUCAGGAACUGCAGGAAAACAGUGAGGCGCCCUAAGAGAUCUGCUGAGACUCAUUUCGAGAUUUACAGCUUUCUUUGACAAAAAUGUCCAGAACAGGGCUAGAAAGAGUGAAUGAGUGAACUGGAAAUUGCCAGUUUGAUUACAAUGCAUCAACUGACAACUGCCAUUCUAAUCCCAUUCAUUUCUCAAAUGCUUUUUCUUUGCUAGCUGGUGUAUCUUUUGGCACAGUCUUACCACUUCCACCCAUUUCCUGGGUAGUUUACUAUAUCUUUUUGACUAUUGUGACAUUUGAUUAUUGGUUUCAUAUGCUGGCUUAUGAGGAAAUGGACCUUUGAGUUCUUAUUUGAACACAUUUGAUCAUUUGUUUUAUAGUGGAGUACUAAAAUUAUCUAACGCAUAAGGCCCCAAUAUAAUUCAGGCAAAAUCAAAGAAUUAACCGUGUGUGACUGGUGUAAUUUUGAACAAAAUCAAAAUUAAGUUAGUUUGGUGUUCAUUUCGGGAGUUCGAAAAAGUUCGUUCUGACUGGUAAACACCUUCGAACUACCAUUGAUCCGAGAUGAUUAUGUAAUUGCUGUGGCUCCGUGACUCUGCCGUCUUUGACAUGGAUAUCUUCUCCUGUUAAUUUCUUCUGUUGUAUAGUCCUUGUAGGUCAGAUGCGAAUAAAAACAUGAACACACUGGAGCUGCUGGAGAGCUGUAAUUCUAAUUAAAAAAAACACUGAUAAAUUUUAAUACUGUAAAGCUACUCUCUUUAAAGCAAUCUAUUGUAUGAAGUGCUAUAUAAAUAAACGUGAAUUGAUUGGAGUGCUGAAUUGCAGAGCUUGUGCAAACAUCCACAUUGCUAUGAUCAGAUGCUUUCUUAACUGCUGUUUUCUCACCGCUGUCAUUUUAGUUGUUUAUUUCAUUGUUGAAAGGAAAGCGUACAGCACAUAUUUACAUAUUCAUCUAAAUGUGGGCAGCGUCGGAUGUUUGCUAACAGUAUACCGCUACAAACGUAUUUCAAACUUCUUUUUACCCCUAAGUGAAGAAUAGGAAAAUAUAUUGGGGCCUUUAUGUUAUGUGCUAUAUUAUGUAAAGUGUUUACAAAAUCGGAGUGAAACCAUUUCAGCAACAACAUAAAAUGAAUACAACAGAGCUUAAAGGAAUAGUUCACUUUCAAAUAAAAAUUUCCUGAUAAUUUACUCACCCCCAUGUCAUCCAAGAUGUCCAUGUCCUUCUUUCUUCAGUCGAAAAGAAAUUAAGGUUUUUGAUGAAAACCUUCCAGGAUUAUUCUCCUUAUAGUGGACUUCAAUUGGCUCCAAACAGUUGAAAGUCAAAAUUUCAGUUUCAGUGCAGCUUCAAAGGGCUUUAAACAAUACCAGACGAGGAAUAAGGGUCUUAUCUAGCGAAACGAUCGGUUAUUUUCUAAAAAAUAAAUAAAUAAAAAGGUGUAUACUUUUAACCACAAAUGCUCGUCUUCCACAAGCUCUGUGAUCUGCCACGCAUGGUAAUCAUGUUACAAAGGUCAUGCGUGAUGUAGGCGGAAGUACCGAUCCAGUGUCUACAAAACGAACAUGCAAAGAUUAAGUCAAAUGCCCUUUACAAAAAAAAAAAGGUAAAACAACGAUGUCGGACGAUUUUGAAGUUGGAGGAGAAAAUUAGAUGAAGUUUUUCGCCCUACCGCAGUACUUCCGCCUACGUCACGCGUGACCUUUCAACGUAAUGCGUGCCGCAUCGCAGAGCAGUGCAAGACGAGCAUUUGUGGUUAAAAAGUAUAUACAUUUUUUUUUAUUUUAUUUUUUUUUAAAUGACCAAUCGUUUCGAUAGAUAAAACCCUUAUUCCUCAUCUGGGAUCACGUAGAGCCCUUUGAAGCUGCACUGAAACUGCAAUUUGGACCUUCAACCCGAUGAACCCCACUGAAGUCCACUAUAAGGAGAAAAAUCCUGGAAAGUUUUCCUCAAAAACCUUAAUUUCUUUUCGACAGAAGAAAGAAAGACAUGAACAUCUUGGAUGACAUGGAGGUGAGUAAAUUAUCAGGAAAUUUUCAUUCAGAAGUGAACUAAUCCUUAACUUUUAUUUAAUGUUUUGAAAUGACAAAGUUAAUAUAAAGUGUUGCCAAUAAAUUGGUAUGAUUUUGUAUUAAUUCAGGGUUUAACUUCUACUGAUGGUGUGACAGGAAAAGAGGCCUGUCUAAGAUUUUCCUUAAUGUGUUUACAUAAUGUUUUUGCACUGGUACCUUUGUAAGACUUUCUAUUCUUUUAUGAGAAGAGCAGAAUAUACUCUUUUGAUUUGUAUUUGUGUUUCAUCAGGUGUUACAGGAAAACUUUGGCCUUUGUAUUUUUUUCAAUAAAAAUAUCUCAACGCUU